AUGAGUAUUUCGUGGAUGGACAUUCAAAUUGCUUCAGAAUCGGAAAAAGAGCUGAAGGAAGUACGAUUAGGAAUACAGACGGGUGUCUGGCCAGAUAAUCUUCGACGAUAUGAAUCACAAGCGAAAAGUUUAAAGGUGCUGGGUCCACUAGUGUUCAAGGAUGACUUGAUAGUUCUGCCUAAAGACCUUCGGAAAAGAGCAUUGGAGACUGCCCAUCAGGGGCAUGUUGGUUGUGGAACAACAAAACGCAUUUUACGAGAAUUUUUCUGGUGGCCUAACAUGGCUAAAGAAGCAGUGGAGUUCGUAAACAAAUGUGAAACUUGUAUAAGUAUUUCAAGAAAAAAUCCUCCCAUUCCGCUUUCUAAUCGUGUACUUCCAAACGGUCCGUGGGAAAUACUUCAAAUUGAUUUCCUGUCUAUACACGGUUGCGGCUCUGGUCAGUUUCUUGUUAGUGUUGAUAUAUAUUCUCGCUAUCUGCACGUCAUUGAGAUGAAACAUACGGACACCCAAAGUACAAAUGCUGCGUUGUGUAAAAUUUUCAUUAUUUGGGGACUGCCGUUGAUUAUUCAGAGCGACAACGGUCCACCGUUUCAAAGUAAAGAGUUUGUAAAUUAUUGGGAAGUGAAAGGCGUAAGAGUUCGCAAAUCAAUUCCACUAAGCGCACAAUCAAAUGGAGCAAUCGAACGUCAAAACCAAGGUGUGAUCAAGGCUAUUGCGGCGGCAAAAAGUGAUAAUAAAAAUUGGAAGGAAGCUUUGGAAACUUACAUUCAAAUUCAUAACACAAGAAAACAUCACUCGCGGUUGGGUGUAACUCCGUUUGAGCUGCUAGUAGGGUGGCGUUAUCGUGGAACAUUUCCUAGUUUAUGGAGUACAGAGAAUAAGUUGGACAGGAUGGAGGUUCAAGAAAACGAUGCGUUUGCGAAGUUAGUGAGCAAAAAGUUUGCUGAUAAACAUAGAGGAGCAAAAGAAUCAAAUAUUGUACCAGGCGAUAUAGUUGUAGUUUCAAUAGCUCAACGCAAUAAGAUUGAUCCCACUUUCUCUAAGGAGAAGUUUACAGUUUUAACAAGAGAAGGUGCGAAAGUUGUUAUCUGUGGAGAGAGUGGUGUUAAACAAACUCGGAACGUACAAGACGUAAAGAAAACUCCGGCACAAACCUUCUCAGAAUACGGAGACAACCCAGCUAAUCAGGAUAAGAGCUUGCUGCGUAGUCCAAUUCUUUCGCCUGAUGUCGGUUCAAGAUCUUCCGAGGUUCAUCCAAUCGCUUCAACAUCAGUGUCAGAUACUCAUGCAAUCAAAUCUUCUUCGGAUAGACCAACGAGAGAACAUCGAAAACCAGAAAAAUUUAGAGAUAUGAUUAUGUAUCAAGUUAAUCAGUAAAGAGUAGUAAAGGUGAAGA